UAUUAUGGGCUGGGGGAUGGUCUCUGUCAGCUAGGCUAUAUCCCCUCGGCUUCACCCCCCCACACACACACAUUAAGAGAUGACCUUUUGGACUGAAUCCCCCCAUGGUAGAGAGACAGUGGUUUGACUGCAGCUGGAUUUAGUGUGGCUGGUUUGACUGCAGCUGGAUUUAGUAUGGCUGGUUUGACUGCAGCUGUGUUUAGUGUGGCUGGUUUGACUGCAGCUGGAUUUAGUGUGGCUGGUUUGACUGCAGCUGGAUUUAGUAUGGCUGGUUUGACUGCAGCUGGCUUUAGUGUGGCCGGUUUGACUGCAGCUGGAUUUAGUGUGGCUGGUUUGAGUGCAGCUGGAUUUAGUGUGGCUGGUUUGACUGCAGCUGAAUUUAGUGUGGCUGGUUUGACUGCAGCUGGAUUUAGUGUGGCCGGUUUGACUGCAGCUGGAUUUAGUGUGGCCGGUUUGAAUGCAGCUGGAUUUAGUGUGGCCGGUUUGACUGCAGCUGGACUUAGUAUGGCCGGUUUGACUGCAGCUGGAUUUAGUGUGGCCGGUUUGACUGCAGCUGGAUUUAGUGUGGCCGGUUUGACUGCAGCUAGAUUUAGUGUUGCUGGUUUGACUGCAGCUGGAUUUAGUGGGGUGCAUAAAUGGUGACGUCCAUUAGCCAAGAUCAGCCAUCAUUAAAAGCUCUGACUAGUGGGCCUCCAUACCAGUAUACGGCGAUAGAGAAAUGCAGUAUGGGGUUAGUGCGAAAUCUUGUACUGAUGAGGAUAAUGAUGUGAAUGAUGAUGAUGAUACUCUAUGACCUCAGAGCUCCUGUGCUACCACCGAAGCAUACUCCUGGGCUACAAUAUCCGGACCCACGACUGGUCUAUCGAUGUCACCGCAUGAAGAGGCAUAAACAGACUCACCCAAUCGCGACGCCCCCCAAAGGCUAAUUUUCUAGCCCUUGCUAUCUCCUUGCUUGCUAAUUCGGCCUGCUAACUGCUACCUUGUUUAGCCCCGGCCUACUAACUGUUAGCUUGUUAGCACAGGCCUGUUAACCGUCUGAAUCGCCGCGUCCCAAACACUCACUGGACCCAUAUUUACUUUCAAUCUCUUUUCGAUUUUUAAUUUGCUUAUACCUUCCGGUAACCUGCCUCACCCAAUGUGAUACGGAAUCGCUAUUAUUUAAAAUUUUUAGAACACACUCAAGAACCUCCAGAAGCUAACCAGCUAACUAGCUACAAGCUAUUUAGUCAUUGUUAGCCACUGCUAGCGGCUUUUUUUUGGCACAGCCAGCCAGUUAAAAAAAAAUAAUAUUUUUUUUAACCUGGAUAAUACUCGCCAGUCCAGCUUCCCUGCCCCAUCCACCGCUGCCCCCUGGAUACUGAUCACUUGGCUACAUAGCUGAUGCAUGCUGGACUGUCCAUUAAUCACGGACCAUGGACCUGAGCUUGCAUGACGCUCUCACGGAUGGGGCGCCCCAGUCGGGCCCGGACAACCUGGUGAGGAGGGACUUCAUGGCUUCCCUGGAGAAAGAGACCUUUGAUGACAAAGUAGGCGAGACUGUGGAAAAGACUGACUACCGCCCUCUGGUGGACGGGAAGGAUGGUAAAGGCUCCAGUAUGAAGCCAGGAGGACAGAUGGGGACUGGGAUGCAGCGGCAGGAACCAAUGGGAGAGAAGCGUCCCUGUCCAACUGGACAACAGGCUGCCUUCAAUACUGACUACCUUUCAGGCCCAGUGUCUAGUAUGAUGGGAAAGCCUGGUGAGGGGAACCAGAACAAAGGAAUGAAGGACAGCAACAUGCCAGACUCUCUCAUGGAAGUUUGGACAAACCCAAACUCCUGGGCAGGUGGUGAGUCCAGGCUGCAAGCCUCAGCGGGUCUCCCCCUCUCCUCCAGCAACUCAGUGGAGGAGAGCCCCUACUCCGACCCCCUCAGCCCCCACGGCUCCCACAGCCAGGAGACCGGCUCUGGGGACGAGAGGGGGAGUGAAGGGGUCAACAGCAGCAGCAAGCAGCAGAAGAGGAAGAAGAAGAAAAGGAGGUCCAGGGAGGAGGUGUAUGACUUAUUGGACAGGCAGGAGGCUCCGGAUGCAAAGGAGGAGGAGGGCGAGACAGAGAGCGGAGCCUCAGACGGCCCUCUGAGCCCAUCCUCCCCAAGCAAGGAAGAGAGCUGGGAGUGUGAGAUCCGAGGGAGGGGUGGGGGUAGGGUCAGGGGCAGGAAGAAUAAGAGCAGGAUGAAGCUCCCAGAGGAGUGGGGGCCAACACCCCAGGAGCCAACGACACCUCAUGCCACACAAGCGUCGGUGGCCCUGGAGUCUGCAAUGGUAAAUGCCUCUGGUCUCUUAAGUUCAACCCUGGAGAACAUCUCCUCCCUCGUAGCCGGCCCCCAGACUAACCCCUUUAGCAGUUUUAUAGAGGACACCAAACCCUCUCACACCCCCACUGCCCCACCCCUCACUGAGAACCCCAAACCCAGUCACAUCCUCACCACAGACCCUGCCCUUACAAACACUUUUACCAGUAUGUUUGAGCAACCUUCCCCUGCCAAGGUAAACAUGGACUGGGAGGCUGAGACUCCUGUUAAAAACACUGCCGCUACCCUCCAUUAUGAACCCAUGUGUAUUGAUGACUUUCAAAUGCCCCCGCCCUUAGCCACUAAAGAUGUCCUACCUCCCAAGAAGGCUCUCUCUUUCACUGACAAAGAUUCUUCUGAUCAUAGUCGUCCUGAGGUCAUGUCGUCUACUUCUGACCAGAAGCAGCUGGGCCCUCAGAGCUCCCCUGCUCUUAGCCCCCAGGUCUCGAAGACCUUCCUCUUCCUAGACUCUGCCCUGCAGACCCCCCAAGCCAGCACUCCUGCUUCACAGCCCCAGUCCCAGACGACCACACCCCAGGUCCCUCCUCCAAACACCACCACCUCCUCCUCUUUCCAGACCACUCCUCCUCCACUGUUUAGCCACUCCUCCCAGCCUGGUCACGACACUCCCAGUCCCCGCCCUGCAGUGGGCUCAGGCCUCAACCCUGCAGCCCCGCCCUUUAUCCCCACCACACUGCCACUCACAGAGCACCAGGAGCCACCGCUGCCAGAGCCCCCCCUGCUGGAAGUGAAAGCAGAGAAUAAGGACAAACAAGAGAAGGCAGAUUUCUUCCCAAAGACAGAUAACUUGAACAUAUUUGAGAAGACGGAGAAGUCCGACAAGAUGGAGAAGAAAGAGAAAGAAGAUGAAUCUAAGAAAGUCGACAAUGCCGACAAGACCUCAAAAUCUGAGAAGAUCCUCAAAGAUGAAGAGAAGUUCCAUAAGACGGAGAAGAAUUAUACAAAUGAAAAAGUGGACAAGCCAGAGAAGACAAACAAAGAUGAGAAGAUGGAGAAGAAAGAAAAUGGGGAGAAAACUGACAAGAUGGUCAAAGCUGAAAAUAAUGAAAAGGCUGGGAAAGGUACUGCAAAGUCCCAAACAACCAACGGAAGCAAGCAGGACCUCACCAGCCCAGACAGUAAGGCCAAGCCUGCUGUUGGGUCAACCAAACCAAACUCUGCCAAAACACGGCCCACCUCUUUGUCCACUGGGGACGCAGCUGGCCCCCCAAAACGUUCCUCCCCCACCUCAAGCUCUGCCAAUAAAAAAAGCCCUGUUACCAAGGCAACCACUCCCACUGCUUGCACCAAGCAGCCAACGCCCGCUGCCAGUCAAACCCCUAAAGCCACCAAGUCCAUGACUCCGGAAAACGGUCCUCCUGUGCCAAAGGCCAAUGGCACGUCAAAUAAGAACGGUUCCUCGACAACCGCCACUACUAAACCUGCUGGGCCACGCCCCUCUGCCAGUGCCCCCUCUCUGCGCCGCAACACCGUUCCCAAGACUGAUGAUACCAAGCCAGGUGACGUGAAGAAGCCUAGUACACUGAAGACAACACCAACCAAGCCCAGGGUGCCUCGCACCUCCGCCACAGCUCCGAGCACUCCUGCCACCAACGGGGAGCAGCCUCGCCGACGCAUCACCAAACCCCCAGUGCCCAAGCAGACCGCUAUGGAGAGGAAGCCACCUGUACCCAGAGCACCUAGGACUCCCAGACCUAUCAACGCACCCCUGCCGGACUUAAAGAAUGUGCGCUCCAAGAUCGGCUCCACAGACAACAUGAAGUACCAGCCUACCGGCGGCAAGGUCUCCUCGGCGGGGGCUUCCCAAUCCAAAGACGGCCCGGGCAAAGUUAUGAUAGUCCACAAAAAACUGGACUUCAGCCAUAUCACCUCUCGCUGUGGCUCCAAGGAUAAUAUCAAGCAUGUCCCUGGUGGAGGGAAUGUCCAGAUUCAGCAUAAGAAGGUGGACUUGAGUAAAGUGACCUCCAAGUGUGGCUCUAAGGACAACAUCAAGCACAAGCCAGGUGUGUCCACUACAGGGGGUGGAGACGUGAAGAAUGAGGCUAAGGCCAAUGGCAAUGGUAAUGGGAAGCCCAAGGUGGGAUCAAUGGACAAUAUUGGCCUUGAGGCAGGGGAUGGACCAAUCAAGGCUGUGGGGAUGCCGGAGAAAGCUGCAGGGAAAACAUCUCCCCCUGGUGGAGCUCCAGCUACAGGCGCAGGAAGCAUGGCUAAGGAGAAUGGGAAUAAGGCGACGCCUCCUUCUAAUCCCUUUGGGGGUGACCCGAUGGGCAUGGACAAACGCAUCCCUGAGACAAAUUGAGUCUUAUAAGCUGAGCUUUCGCGAGAACGCACGGGCUCGCACCACCAACGGCGCCGACCUUAUCUCUUGGCCCACCCCUAUUGGCAGCCCCCCCUCACCCCCAUCGCAGCACCUCUCUCUGUGUUUCUCUGGGGUCCGCCAGCUUCCUCCUCCACACCCUCCAGCUCCUACCCAGCCCCUCGUCACCCAGCCUUGGGGCAGGGGGAAAAAUACUGAAUGCUAGCAGGACAAGGACUUCUUUAGCACAUUCCAACUUACUCCUUUUACCUCACAAUACAGUAUCGCAUCACUACUCUCUACCCUCGUUGAAUAUCUGUCUUAGUGGUCUCAGAAGAGCCAGUUUUAAAGUAUAGAGACCAGAGUUCAGACAGAUAGAGCAAGGUAGGGGUUUUGUCUCUUCUGGAUUGCGCUGGCUUAACUUGCUGUAAUAUAAGGGGAGUAGUAUGACCUCAGAGUGAACCUUCUAGAAUCUAGACCCUCAGUGUUCUGUUGUAGUUAUGUCAGCGCCUGCUUCUUUUGUUCCAGCCUAUAAGCACUGUUCUUAUACGUACAGUAGUGCAGUCUUGAUCAAAAUCACAAACACCUACAGUGUCGCACUGUAUAUUAGUAUGACUUUUUUGUCAUAGACUAUCACAAUGAGCCACUGCUAUGUAUGUGACAGGCCUAAUCCUAGAUGUAAAACCUUCCUUACCAUAUCUAACCCUCUGGAUGAGCAUAGCCUCCCCUGUACUGUAGGGACCCCAGAUUUCACUUAUGCAGUACAAUUUGAUGAUUAGUGAAGCACCCCUUAUUGUGAGCAUGUGGGACUGUCAUGUCAUCCCAAUGAAGAGCGGCUAAUAUGCCACCCCCUCACUUAACCAAUUCAGUAUGUCGAGAUAACCUUCUGUAAACCUGUGACCCCCCCCCCACACACACACACAACCCUCUCAACAAUAAGAAACUAGUAGGCUGUUACAAACAGUAGGAUAUUUAACAUCUCUCUUUUAAAAAAAAACCUCUGUAUUGUGUUUUCGUAAAUUAUUGUAACAAUGAGCUGAUGUGUUGUUCUGUUGUUUAAUCAUCAAUAUACCCUUUUUCCUUUUACUGUUACAUCUCUCUGAAAGCAAUACAGUGAGUGGUCUUUGCCUGAGGAUACAACUUCCUCUUACACACCCGUACUCGCACAUGUAAACUACAGUACGGUACAGUCAGAGAGCGAGCGAGAAAAACCCUCUCAGGGUCUGUGCACAGAGACUGGAUGCCUGAGGCAGGACAGAAUAGUAAGCAGGAGGCAGAAAACAGAGUGAGGAAAGGCCUAUGAUUGCACCAGGAGAGUGGAGAUACUCCAAUGACGAUCAAGUCUCUGCAGUGUUGGCCCAAUCGUUGGGACAGGGAAGACGAAUAGAGAGCCAUGUUGAAGGAAAGCAAGAUUUAGAUAGAGUUAACAAUAUUAUCGUAAAAAUCCAAAUACAAUUUUAAGUCAAUAUCAAGAGAAGUUUUUGAAGGACAAAGAUGAUCAUUGAUCUCCAAUGUAACAAUUGUACAUUUGAAUUAUUCUCAACUAAUCUACUGUUAAAUAUGAAUUGAUUUGAAUGGCUGCUUAUGCUACUGGUUCCACUGUGAAUAGUGACAUUAUUGUGUAACAAUAGGGCACAAUUGCUUAACCAAGCAAAUAUAUAUAGCAAUAUAUAUAUCAGCUAAUUACUCUGUUUAACUUGCUAUCGGUUUUGUAAAGAGGUUGGCGGAUGGAAUUGUAUAGCAUUACAUGACUAUGAAUUAGGAUCCGGUGUGUGUGUGUGUGUGUGUAUAGUAGUUGAACGAUCUUUGGGAUGGUCUCAUUUUGUGAUCAACAUUUAGACGUCUGUGGAGUCUGUCGGAUUUGUGGUACGUUGCCGGAUCAAGAUCAAGGGCACCCGGGUGGCCUUUAAAAUACUGCUAGUUUGGCUCUUAGAGUAUGAGAAUUGCCGUUCCUUUUGGAGAUAUCCAUCACACUACUCCAACAAGAGGGAUAAUGGCCACAGAUUUCAAUGUGUAAUUGUGCCUUGUAGAUUCUCAAGGCUGAACUGUAACAGGUGUACAGUUCCCCCAAAAAAGUACAUUUGUGUCCCCCACCCUAAAACACUUUUACUUUGAUGUAUUUGUUGUACCGUCGGUAGGGCGUAAUCGGAAUCUAUUUGAGUGUGUGCACUGCGGUGGAGGAAAUAAUAGUGAUCGUCAAUGGCCGAGAGAAUCAAAGAGCAAGUGAUCAAAUUAUCGAGAAAGAAAAGCAAAAGCACCUUAUGAUAUUUUUAAGGUAUUCUUUCCCCCAACAUUCCCAUGGUUAGUUCCAAAAAAUUGUAAUGAAAUUAAUUCUUCCUGAAGACUAAGCCUUACACUGAUGAAAGCAGAUGAAAGCACUUUGAAUGCACAGUGGCAUGUACAUUUCAUGUUUGAGCUCUACAGUAUGUUUGAGUGAACUGUUGCCAUGAUUGGAUGAACAGAUUUGUCUUUUAGUCUCCUUGGUGGUAACCUUGCUCACUGGUCACGUUAGUGGACUUUGGUGUCAUGCUUUGGGUACAGUGGCCACUCACGCUCAGUCUGUUCUCCUUGUGCCUGUUAGGCAUCACGUUUAUGAACACUCACCUGUCCAAUGCUUAAAUGCUAACUUGCACCACCACCCUUCCAUCAGUCUUCACGCGUUCGUUUGUAUAUAGACAUCCACAUGUUUUCAUCACCACAGGAGAACAAGGUAUUGAUGUUAGGGUCUUUAUGGAUGUUGAGAAAUGUCUUUCACGUUCAUGAACCCAUUUCCGGAGAGUGUUUUCUUUCUGGAGUCUGCCUUUUUUUCAGAAAGGGCUGAAGUACAAGAAUGUUUUUACAAUUUAAUAUAUUAAAGAUGCAAGAUAUGAAUAUAAUAUGUAUGAACCUUUUGUUUUGUUGUAAAAAAAAAUCACAAUAAGACACUUAUACUCAAUAUAAAUUUGACUGACAGUAGGAAGUGUGUGUCGAGUCCAGUAUGGGGACUGCAGCAGACUGUGAAUAGCUUAAGCAUUCAGCGAUGUUUAACUUCUCAAUGGAUGGUCUAGGUGUGCUUUUACCCACUCCAACUCUAUAGUGGAUAAGCUGAUAUUUGCUUGAAUGAAUUAACACUUUUAUCUGCUUCUUACACGUAGACUUACUAUAUGUAGAAAAUCUACCAGAAACAAAGAAUCAUCCGAUUUAAUGCAUAUUCUUCCAAGUGUUUUGUGUCGCUGGUGAGCUUAUUGAUUGCUCAACUGUAAUCAUGAACCAGGCAUUGUGAGGAUAGGUUGAAGGUCAAGCUCCCACAUGCAACACCUGACACACACAGCCCUUGAAUGUCAUCCAGACACCCCCCCCCACCCCCCCCCCCCCCACCCCUUGUGAGACUAACAGUAAGUGUCUUUUGGCAUGUGUUAUGUAGUGUGCUUCUGUAAAGCAUCAAGGAGCCCAUAGCUGUGCUUCUUCUUAGAGCACACCUACAGUGUGUAUAAUUCUCCAUAGUGCACACCAUAAGAGCAUGCAGAAGGCAAUGGAUUGUAAACAUCUGUCAUAGAUAGGAGGAGUUAAUUGUUUCCCUUUCGAUUUGAGUAAUGUAAUUUGGUAUGAAAGAGAUGUUCAUUGUGAUUCAUUGUUAACUAGUGAUGUGAAUAUUAAUCAUGAAAUAAAAGACAAGCAAAACA